GUCGACUAUCCGCUCAUUCGAAUCGGAGAGCAUAGAUUCUCAAGUUCCUGUCUGAUAGCAUUUCUGGCUGGGAGGAAUCCCGACCAAGGAAUCCCCGCCAUGGGAGAUACGAGGUUCGAUGGAGACUUCUUGAACGUUCUCAGUGAUUGCGGGAGGGCGGAGGUCUUUCUCGACAAAGUAUUCGGAUUUCUCUACCGGCGGACCGACUUUUACAAAAUUCAAGACUCUGAACGCGGUUUCAAAGAGGGAUAUCCACACGGAUACGCUUCCAAAGUGGCCUACAACGCUUUCUGCAAAUACAAUAAGAUUGCGAGAGAUGAAGAUGAGAAGAAAUUCAACGAGCUCAGGGCUGCUGCCGAAGGAAGUGGCGCGCCGGAUAUAGCCAACGUGGAGGAGGUGUACUCCAUGGAUGGAGAAGAAGUCUCCAUCAAGAGGGAAGGCGAUGAAGUAAUUGUCAAUGUCCCGGGAACGUCUUCCGCUGAAGAUGCCAGGCCCCUCUCGGAAUUCGGUCAGAGAAUUCCCCCGGAAGGAGUCGAUGCCACCAAACAGAGUAAAAAGACUAAAAGCAAUGAUGCAUAUAAUGGAGCGGAGUGUGACGGAUACUGUUGGUCCCAAACACAAGAUGACGUCGACGUGAAGGUUCACAUUACGAAAGACCACAAGAAGUUCAACGUGGAGUACUCAUCAGGAAAUCUCAAAGCUACCGCCCUCCACAAUGGUGCAAGAGUGACGCUAAUGGACGGGAAGCUCAGCUACCCCAUCAAAGAAUCGGAGUUGGUGUGGACCGUAGCGUCUGGGGAAUACAUACAUAUCGCUCUGGAGAAGAGUUCGGAAAAAUGGUGGGAUCGUCUGCUGGACAACGAAGAAAAGAUCAACUUGGGCGAGCUGGAGAUAGAGAAACGCUUUGAUGAGCUCGAUGAUGAAGCUAGGAUGAAAAUUCUUCAAAUGCAGCAAGAAACCAUGGAUAAGGCGUUGGGAAGACCUGACCCCAAAAAAAAGCCUACGAAGACUUACUGAAAAAGGCGUGGAACAAGGACGAUUCGCCUUUCAAAGAUCGACCUUUCGACCCCUCGAUGGUUGACCUUCAGAUUCAAGACUGAUAGAGGAUCGGGCUAUCUCUCCUACGGUGUGGUGGUCCGAAGUCGCGAGCGAGGAAAUCCGUUGACGGCCAGUAAAUGGUUGUUUGCUCUGAAGCUUGGCA